AUGGCUCCGCUCGUCUCUGAUCAGCUGGAGAAACGCCAGUCUUGUCCUUCAGGGUACUAUUACGACAGGGGUUACUGCUACCGCAACAGCGCCUGGAGCUGGUGGGGACGAUGGGUAUUCGCAGGUCUCGCCGUUCUCUUCGUUCUUUUGGUGUUCGCGCUUCUCUUCCGUAACUCACGCCGCAGAAGAAAGCAAGGCGCCCGACCACUCUACGGCACCGGCUGGAUGGCACCCGCACCGCAGUACUACCCACCUCCUCCUCAGUACACCCCUCAAGACCAGAAUCCCGCUCCUCCAGGCGGGUACAAAUACAACGGGAACGAUGGGUACUAUGGCAAUCCUCAAGCUGGAAGCAGUCAAUAUGGCAGCCCGGGUCCUUAUGGUAACCAGGCGACGAGCCCCUACGGUCAGCAAGAGGGCAUUCAGCUUCAGCAACCCGAGCAUGCUUAUCACCGUGGAGGUGACGCCGAUUAUGCCCCUCCUCCCGGACCUCCGCCCAAUGCCGCCACCAAGCCUUAA